AUGGCGGAAAUCGAACCCACGUACUUCUCUCUCGACCUCGAUUUUGACGCUGAAACUGAAUCGGUAGUUCCUCAACCGUCGCCUUCCCUCCCGCCGAGCUGCCGAGCACUGCUGGAAGAACACGAUGAUGACAAGGAUUUCGCAGCUUCUCUCGUCAUUGAUUCACAGGAGGAGCGACAAAACGAAGAAGAUGAGCUGGAGGCGACUCGGGUUUCUGGUCCGGAAGAAGCUCCGCGGAUUCUCAAGCGCCUGUGGCGAGGACCUGUGACUGUGGAGCAGAGAGCGAAGCUGGGACCAGAACUGGGUCCCGCUCCCUGUGAGAACGAUAUUGAAGAUUUCUCUUCUGAUGGCGACGAUUUUUUCACAGAUAUGCUUCCGUCACGCCAGCACAACUCUGUAUGCAGUAGUAGUUCAAAAGUUACACUUCGUGGGUCUGGAGUAUUGACCGGUCGAUCAUCAGGGCAGUCCUCAGUGGCAAAGCAAAAGGGUCUGCCUCUCAAGACACCGGCUUCAUCAAGCUUGGAAACCAGUCACAGUGGGUUGGUGUUCCCAAAGUUGACUACCAGUCCUCUAAGAAGGUUUCAGUUGAUCUCCUCCGAUGAGGAGCCUACUCCUAGUGGCAAUAACAAUGUUCGGAUUGCAACACCUGCUGUAGACGAGUUCUGCAACGAGUGCUUCCAGUCUGUUACAAACAAGAAUGCAGCUGCUAACAGACGUGAAACUCAAGAGCAUGUAAGUACCAGAGCAGGUCAUGACCCGAAUCGAAAUGCCAUGGCAGAGUUUGAGCAAUGCUGGAACGUAGAUGACCCGAUUCCGCCAGCCCAUCACUAUUUCUUCAAUGAUGAUGCCAGGAUUCAGAACUUAGUGCGCAAUCGCUUGACCCACUUUUUCCCCCUUGGUGUGGUUAGAGCGCGAGGGAAUCUGCUUCCAAGUGAAUCAGUUAUUGAUUACAUGAGUCAAUUUGGGGGAACCCCUCAAAACAAAGGCACUGGUGGAAGCAACUUGGAGAAGGGAUCAACAAGGACUAAAGGUUUACGUCUCCAGAAACGGUCGGAGCUUACUGGGCAAACUGCCUACAGGCACUUCAAAAGGGAUAGUGGAGGAUACAGAAAUACGAUACAGAAAGCCACCGGCAAGAGAAAGAAAGCCUGA